ACCAAAACGGCCCGUGAUCAGGUGAGGCUGUAAAUCCCGCCCUCGGCCGCGCGGAGGAUGGUGUCUGACUGUAGCCUCGUUGGUGGAGCUCGCUAGCGCCAGAGGUUUCACAAAAAACAUGACGUCGACCCGCAGAAAACACGACCUCCCGCGUGUCUGCGUGCUCACCUCUUUAAUCUACCUGCUGUGUUCCACCUGUACCGGACACGGGCUCGUGCCCGGGAACAAAACGGCCUCCUAUCACCCCACGUUGAGGCGGAGUCAUCCGAGCGCGAGGCAAAAAGGCGCGCAGCACCACCGGCCCCUAACAGACGAGCAGAAAGCGGAUCAGAACCUGCAGUUCAUGUUGAGCUUGUACCGGAGCGCAGCGGAACCGGACGGCAGGCCCAAACAGCACCGGAAGUUCGGCUCCAACACGGUGCGGCUACUGAGACCGACAGCGUCCACAGUGAACUACCUACCGGCCUCUAGAGGUGAGACUGGAUCAGACAAGAUCUGUCAGAUACUAAAAUCGAAAGAAGUUUAGAUCUACUCCACUGACUUUUGAGGCAUUGAACUUUUUGUUUAAAGAGAUUUAAGAGCAUUUCUAAAAAGUUUUAUUGACAAAGCAAUGAUGGGUAUUGUACUUAGGAAAGUCAGGAGAGUAUCAGCUGGUGGUGACAAGUAAGGAAGUGACUUUUUAUUAGAAAACAGUGCAAAUCUAAAAAUUAAAAUGUCACAAAUAAUGUCAACUAAACAAGUGGACACUGUCACCCUUGCUAGCCAGCUCCAAAAUUUCUAGCCAACUACAGUUUUUACCUUUUGUACACCUCAAGUGGUCACCCUUACAGGAUGUUUUAGCCACCUUCCACAAACUAUUCACUAGUUUACACCUAGGGCUGGGCGAUAAAACAUCCAAAAUUAAUUCCCCUCGAUAUCAAUAUAAAUCAUUGUCAAUAUCCUUUUCAAUAGUCGACAUUCUGCCGUGUUUUGGUUGACUAUACAAAUAGCCAGUGAAAAGGGGAGUUGCCCCGGGUCCACUUCACGCUGAACCAAUCAUGUGAUGAAUAAGAACCAAGUAGCAAACAACUGCGUGGUAGCAGACUGCAGCUACACCCAACCAUAGCACUUUAACACGUGAAACCGACAGCACUGUUGGUGGAAAAAAGAAAAUGAGUGCUACCCCCAGCAGAAAUAAAGAUGAAGGCUCAACAGAAGACGACAACACUGGCACGAAAACGUCGGUGGUGUGGAGGUAUUUUGGUUUUUCGAGGUCGGACAUAAUGCAGAGUAGUGUGCACUUUAAUUUAUGUCGAGUACAUGUUCUGGCAAAGUCGGGGAAUACCUCAAAUCUUUUUCACCACCUGAAGCAGUGCCACGCGGAAUGGCAAGCGCAAUGCAAAAGGUUACAAAUCCCGAGCGGGGCAAGGAACCCUGUGCGGCCGAAACAGCCGACCAUUCUGCUUUCUCUAGAGCAACGCCUUACGACAAAACGCCAGAGGCACAAAGACCACACAGAUGCAGUCGCUUAUUGUAUUGCAAGAGACAUGCUACCAAUAAGCACUGUUAAAUUUCAUUCUCUAUAUCGCGAUAUAUAUCGACAUCGACUGAUAUGAAAAAAAAAAUAUUGUGAUCAUCUUUUUCCCAUAUGGCCUAGCCCUAUGUAUACCGUAAAGCUAUCUUGCGCCACUAUAAAAAUGCUUGCCUCUCAACAUGGUUUUAAGCUCUGAUCUUGCAAAUGUGAGAUCUUUAGCUGUCUUGCAAUGACGCAACAUGAUGGAUGUGACCAUUCUCUGCCCUUUUUUCAGACCAUCACUACAGCUUCACAGUUCAGUACAACCUUGACACUCUCCCCUCGGAGCAGCUUGUCAAAGCCUCAUUCAUCCACCUCCGAUCUUCUUCUUCCACCUCUUCAACCGCCUCGAACCCCAGCGACAGCACCCAGGUCCUUCCACCUCCCCGCUGCAGGGCUCAGAUCACCGCGCUGGGCAGAGAGAGCCUGGUGACCCUGGAGCCCCAUGAGCAGUGGACGGAGACGGACAUCACCAGGCACGUCCAGCAGGGGAACUACCGGGACACGGGGGGACAUUUAACCCUCACUGCCCAGUACUGGUGCACUGACCCUGGGUAUGCCGAUGAGGAUGAUGGCCUGUCUGGGCGGUGGACUCAAGGGAAGAAAAGAUGGACAGGCGAGCCUCACGUUGAGGUCCCGUCUCUGCUUUUAUACCUGGAGGAGGAGCGGGAGGUGGGGGACUGGAUGGGGGAGUUGCUGGGGGCUGAGGGGGAGAACAUCAUGAGGCGACUACGACCGUGGCAUCCCCCAUUCCGAAGUCGGCGCCACUCCAAAGACCCGCAGUUAUCAGAGCCGAAAGAUCCCUCACUUGACGCUCUGAAAAACGCACCGCCUUCCUCCUCUAUGUCGUUCUCCACCUCCCCCUCUUCCACCUCCAUCCUCUCCGAGAUCCCGAGCUACAAACACAAAACCGGCACGCCAAAAAACCGCUGCAAGCUCCACUCUUUCCGCCUCUCCUUCGACGAGCUCGGCUGGGGUCACUACUUCAUCGCCCCGCCCGUGUACAACCCUCGCUUCUGCAAGGGGAACUGCCCGAGGGUGCUCCACUACGGCUACCACUCCCCGCAUCACGCCAUCAUCCAGACUGUCAUCAACGACCUGGGCGUGGGCGACGUCCCGCCACCGUCCUGCGUGCCGUACAAAUACAUGCCCAUGAGCGUACUGGUGAUGGACAAGAAGAAGGUGGAGUACAAGGAGCUGGAGGACAUGGUGGCCGAGUCGUGCACGUGCCGAUAAAGACUUGAGGAAAGAGACGCACUGAGGCGGAUUUGACGGGUGUCUGAAACCACUACAACUCAAACCACAAUGAUCCGGAGACUGGAAGGAGGAAGUUGAUGUGGUUUCAGGUUAUCACCGCGUCUGUGAAAGCACUUUAAAGCGGCCUGUGAGGAACUGUGGGGUCUGCAGACGGAGAGACGUCUAUUUACUGUAUUUUUGUUUCUGUGAGUGGUUUAAAGCACUGUUCGGACUUUUGAACGUUCUGGUUGAUCAUGUUCUGAUCACUUUUGCACCUUUAGAAUGGAAUCAGUCGUAUUAGCCCAAUGAGAGAUGUCAUAAUGAGUAGUAAAAAAGUAAAAAGGACAUCAUGGGAGACUAUUGGAAAUAAAAAAUUUAUCUAAAGAAAAAAAUCCAGAAAAAUAAAACAACUCAUGUCACCAGAUUAGACUAGGAUUAGGAUUAGGACUAGACCAGGAAAGCACGGCCGUAUGAUUAACUUUUCUGUCUUGUUACUAUCUGUGUUUUGGUUUAUUUCUCUUUAUCGUUUUAUUUAAAAGAAAAAAUCUGAAUUUGUCACCUUUGAUGACUGAAAUCCAGGGGAAAAAAAGUGCAAUUUUUAUUACGAGUGAAAAUGAAUAAUAAAAUAAAUGCAUGUUUUCUAAAGCCUAA